GCAGUGGGAAUUAUUGGAUCUUCACUGGGAGGUAACGAUAAAACCCGUAACGAAACAUCUGAUUCUGAAAUAGGCGAAAUCCUAGAUUCCGAAAAAUCUCCUGCGAUCGAUUUCUCAACUUCCUCGGAGCUUGCGAGGUUUUUAUCUUUGAUGCGAAGCCGCGACACUGCUGAUAGUGGGGGAGGAGAUGACCAUGACAGAUCAUCAGUUCGAUUUGUCUUUUCCUUAGAGGAGAAGUUGCAAGUGAUUAUCAAACCACCGAGUAUAUCGAAGGAUCAGCCACAAGGGAGACUCUUUCAUAAUUUUUCCUUACGAUACGUUAAGGAGGAACUGUUAGAAGAAUUUGAAGGCGUGCAAAUGGCACUGCGUCAGACACAGCAAAGCAAGCAAGACGUGUACAAACACUGGCGACAACAUGCUGGACUGACUGAAAGAGGACUCUUAUCCUCGAACAGCCCAAGUACGAGCUCGGGAGGGGAAGAGGAUAAUGCGGCUAAUGAUGCUUAACUCUGUGACUUCGAG